CGAAAGUGAUACGACACAACGACAUGACAAAAUCGUAUAUUUCAGAAAAUUACUCUUAAAUCGAUCCGAAGACGAUCAGUGAAUGAUAAUCGAUUAUGGAUAAUCUGAUCGACGUGUAUUAUCUGGUUCAAUUGAUUGUCUGGCAGAUUUUAAUAUUUCUGCGAGAAUUCAUCUUCCGCAAAUUUACGUGGUUCGUCCCUGCGGAGGAAAAUCUCGAUAACAUAAGUUCAAAAAUACGCGCCGUCGCGCCACAGCAUCCCGCCGCUGAUCUUUUAGUAUUCCUCGUCAUUUGUGGACUUUUCUUCACGUUCAUGAUACUGUCCACGAAUUUUCCCAAGAGCGAAGCAUCGCGCUAUGACAUAAAUAACAUUGAGACGAUUUCCAUGGCUCUCGGAGAGGAUCAGUCAGCCUUCUGGUAUUCGACAACGGAAUUAACGAAUUGCUUCUACGCUUGCGGCGACUCAAUUGGUCCAUCAUGCGACAUUGUUCCGAAAAUGCAAAAUAUUUCGAGUCCGGUUAUCUCGAACACUAGGGUGUUACAACGUAAAGAAUCUAGAAUCUCACAUUACGACGCUCACUCUAGCCAUAUCAUUAAUCAUUCUCAAAAGACACAGGCGAGUCGUUCUGUUUCUCAGACCAUACCCCGAAAAUGGUUGAUAAGACGCACUAGGAGCGGUCAUGUCUAUGGAAAAUACCCGAUUUAAAGAAAAAAAUGAUCGAUGCCAAUCAAUGAAGGGAUUUAUUUA